UUGUUCAUACCUAUUCACUUUUUCAAUCUUUCCCACCAUUACAUACUUCAAAGAAAUUGGUAUCAUAAAACAGGUCGAGGUUUUCGUCGCAGUAGUCAUCCGGUUGUGGAGUUUCACAAUAAAGAGCUUGCGGUAAUCUUCAAAUAUGGCCAAAGUUAUAUUCGGUACCAAUGAAGAAGUAUAUGAUGAAAAGUUUGAUGAAUUGUUGCAGCGCCUGAGUAAUAGUGGCUUUAAACAAGUUGGCAGCACAUCCAAGUUGAUUUCUAAAGUAGAAACCUCAGCACAGAACCGUCGAUUCACAGAGGCUUGGCUAGAGAAGCCCACGUUUAUCAUUAUUCCCCAGAACUUAAGUCAGCUGCGACAAUCCGUGGUGAGUUGCGUCACGAACGGAUGGGAGAUUCGUGUUCGAUGUGGAGGGCACAGCUUCGAGGGGCUUUCAUACACUGCAGACGGACCUUUCGUUCUCAUAGACCUUGAAAAGCUUAACAGGGUCCAGGUGGACGCUCGUUCAGGGACAGCCUGGGUAGAAGGAGGUGCCACCUUAGGUGAAAUUUACUCUACAAUCGGGAAAAUUUCGGAUGAGCUCGCUUUUCCUGCAGGAAGUUGUCACACGGUGGGGUGUGGGGGUCAUAUUUCCGGCGGAGGGUUAGGGUUUCUUUCGAGAAAGUACGGUCUUGCAGCUGACUAUGUGUUGGACGCCCAUCUGAUAGAUGAGUCAGGGAUAGUCCUGAAUAAAAGCAGCAUGGGUGAAGACGUGUUUUGGGCUCUCAGAGGAGGCGGUGGCGGCAGCUGGGGAAUCGUUUAUGCCUGGAAAAUCCAGCUCCUGCCGGUGGCUCGAGUUGUGACUGCUUUCAAAUUGUUUAAAACUGGUGCAGAUGAUGUCACGGAGACGGUGGGGGAUUGGCAAUCUGUUGCUCCCAAACUCGAGGAGACCAUCUUCAUGCAAGUAAAGGUGGACGUAAACGAGAGGAAAGAAAUCAGAGCCAUGUUUUAUGGGAUAUACCUCGGGCGUAUGAAGGAUCUAAUGAAUAGAAUUAAGCGGAGCUUCCCAGUGCUGGGAAUGGAGGUUGAGCAUUGUAGAGAAAUGAGCUGGUUAAAGUCUGUUGCCUACUUUGAGGACAUCCCAGUUAGCCAAUUGACUAACAGGUAUUAUUACAGCAAGCCCUACGUCAAAGUAAAGUCAGAUUUCGUCAACAGCCCUCUUCCGGAGGAUGCGCUGAGAGAAAUGUGGGCCAGAAUGGAAGAAGAGCCGCGUGUGUUUGCAAAUUUCUCUCCCCUGGGAGGGGCGAUGGACAGGUUUAACUCUCGUGCCUCACCAUUUCCUCAUCGCCCAGGGUAUUUGUUCUACAUUCACUACGGCGUUACCUGGAGUCAUAGUAGUGAAACUGAUUACUAUCUUGAUUGGAUGAGGGAUUUUUAUGACUACAUGGAACCAUACGUCUCCUCUUCGCCUAGGGCUGCAUAUGUGAACUUUAUUGACCUUGAUCUGGGCAUUGGGAACGGUUCUGUUAAAAAUGCCAAACUUUGGGGCGAAAAGUAUUUUGGUCUAAAUUUCGACAGGCUUGUUGAAGCUAAGACGCAGGUGGAUCCUAACAAUAUCUUCAAAAAUCAUCAGAGUAUUCCUCCUAGGUGGACUCCUCCUUUUGGCUGAUUAUAUUCAUAUGGUCUACGGUCAAAAAAUAGAUCAUUUGCAAACUUUAGGAGUUGUAUCCCUUCAUGUCAAUAGUAUAUAUCUACAUUGUAGACCAUAUCCAGAACAGAUAAGCAAGAUAUAUGUUCUCAAAUAGAGAGAUAUAGUGUGGUAUGUAAAGUAGGGACUAAUACCUGCAUUUCAGAUGAAGAUGUUGCCGUUUCAAUUUUAUGUGU